UUGACGUAGCUCGGUAUCACACUGUUGUGCAUAUGAACAAACAGGAGCAGCCUCUGUGGGUAAAGCCAGGAUCAAACUGAGGGAGUUGUUUUCUCUUUUUUUCUCUAUGAUUGUCUCUGUGCUGCUGUGCUCGGCCUAGGUGAAGCUCUGUGAAUUAUUCCACAAUCUCAUUAGUAGAUGGAUGGAUGGGUGGCGCCGGAUAACAGAGGGGAAUAAAGUAAAGGGGAUUUGCCUUCACUGUCUGAACACUGCACAGUGCACACAUAUUAACUAUGACAUCUAUAAUCAUUUAGUAUAGUGUAUGUUAUAUAUAUAUGUGUGAAAAUAAAGACGUAAUUAUAGCUUAAAACAUUUAAUGUAAGUGUCUUAACUUUGCACGUGGACCUCAACUGAAGUUUGUGUUCACCGCGUUGCCAUGGUUACACUGUCAUACGCGUGAAACGGCGUGGCUAACAACAACAUAGCACGACAUUGCCUUAGUUAUUGUGUUUCCUUUUGGUGUUUUUUGGCUUAAAACCACACUGCGUGUGGUUCACAAUGUUACUCGGUUACCAGGUGAGUUAAUACACGCAAAGGGCUUCAGUUGAAGAGAGUAAUAGGAAGUGUUUACUGCUAGUUAGUUAGUUGGUGUUAGCAGGAAGUUACAAGCUAGCACAUGCAGUUGGUUGAGUCCAUUGUUUCUUGUUUUCAGGCACGAGCUUGAGAAGACAGGGGAAAAAAUUCACUUGAACAUCUUGGGCAACAUCUCUGCUGUGCACCAACUCCACAGAAAUGUCUUCUUCCCCAGACAGGGAGAAGGAGGGGGACGUUUCAGACCUGCAGCUAAACUCCUCUGUCUUUCAUAUCAGUGUUGUCAAACCACAGACACCCCACGUCCUGCCUGAGGACGCUGAGCCACAGGGGCCUGCUGCGUGGAGCUCAACAGAGACAUUAUGUCUGAGCAGAACCAAGUUACAAUCUGUUUCAGACAGUAUUUUGAAAAAUGGCUCACUUAAGUAUUUAUAUCUUGAAGGCAACCAGAUAUCCAGUAUCCCAGAUUCAUUGUUCACCCGCUUGCCCAACCUGCAGUGGCUCGACCUCCGAAAUAACCUUAUCCCGUCACUCCCUGCUGGUGUUGGUCUGCACAGGUCCCUGAAAACACUGCUAUUAGGAGGGAACCCCAUCUCAGAACUUCCACUAGAAAUGGGACAUGUGAUUACCCUCAAAGGCCUGAACCUGAGAAACUGUCCCAUCACUUUCCCACCACAAGACAUCGUGGACCAGGGGGUCCAGGGCAUCCUCCAGUAUCUGAGGAGCGCCAUGGCAAAGCGGCAAGUUAUCAUGAAGGAGGCCCCGCCAGUCGAGCUGCCAGUGGUGGAGAAGCUCCAGCUCGCAGGGCUGAUGGAGUUCAGUGUGGAGGAGCAGGAUGACGAUGAGCUGCAGAAGUUCAAAGAGCUGAAACACAAGAUGAUUCUACUGGACAAAGCUGAGCUGGGCUCAGUAGGACAGAGUGAUAGGACACCAAAGUCGCGCAUUUCUCCUGUUGGCAAAGGUGUAAAGGCAACAACCAAGGUCGGCAUGGUUCCCGAGCUCCCUCUGUUUGACUCUCAGCACUGGAAGAGGCCAGAGGAGAGGAGGCAGGCUGCAACACAAGAGAUGACAGAGAGACAGGCUAUUCUCGAGCAGAGGAUUAAAAGCCAAGCGGCUCUUUCAAAGUGGCGCACACAAGCCAAGAUCGCACAGGAGAAGAAAAUGUCAGAGCACAAGCAGAAGAAGAAGAAUGAAAAACAAAAGAGACGUGAGGAAGCUAAUGUAAAACCUGAUGUGAUGGGCUGCAGUGAUACUCAGCAGAGGCAGACUUCCACCACUCCCAUCACAGACUGGGAGAAGACCAGAUCAGGCCGCGAUCUUGAGCGACAGAUCUGUGUCCGUGUUGAGAAGAUACAGGAGAGAUGCCUGAAUCCAAGGGGCACAACCAGCGAGCAGAUGGCAGCAGCAGCACAAGAUGUGGAAGAGAUGACAAAGUUACAGAGGCAGCUUCUGGAGAACAGAAAUCAGGGAAGAAAUCUUGACAAAUGUUUCACCAUCUUCACUGGAGACAACUGGAAGAGUUUCCUGGACAAAUAACAUAGGCUGUGCAGUCAGUAUAUGUUCAGGAGGUUCUUUUGUGAGCAGCAUAUUUAAAAGCGUGUAAUGGAUUUUAAAGAAUUGUGUUGAAUGAUUAGAUCACUUGAUUCCUUUACCAAGCAUUCAUGUUGAUGUAAAAGCUUUCGAGUGUAUUGACAUUGUGUGAUUAAUUGUAAAGAUUAAAAAUAAAGAAGUACAUGUUUUCCCUCUCUA